AUGUCCGCCAUCAGGGGCGUUGAGGCGCAGCACGAUUCCUUGAAACACUCCUGCAAUCAGAACCUCCCUUUUAGUGAAGCCCGCCACAAAGACCUCAGCAUAGUCAGCAAAAUACCUUCAAAAGGCAAAGUAAGUGAGCGCAACCUUACCACAUUCACUAUCAUGAAGAAUCCAUGCCGACUCUCAACAGGCGAUUAUGCCCCCAGUAAACUCUACACCAGCCCAGCUGAUCUUCAAGAUGUCAAUACCAGCAUCCUCUUCGCAAAGCCAGGGCUACCAGUCAUAACCAUCACAUACCCUCUCUCACCUCAGGAGCCUACCACUCGCGUACAACGAAAGUGGGAGCGACUUCAAGAUAAAAAUCACCUUUGCGUUCCAGAAAGGAAUCUCAAGAGAAGAGCUAGGCGCAAACCUAGAGCUCCGCCGGAUAAGCUUGGCGCUCGUUCGCAGCAAUGGAAGACGUGCAGAAAGCGACUUGCUGGUUGUAUAGCGGAAUGCGAGAGUGUAGCCUUUUGCGAUAAGGAGAGGGAGGACGCUGAGCUUUCGAUGAUGGAGUUGAAGAAAGCGCUCGAGCAUGAGAAUCGGCAGACCGGAUUUCGGGGCGAUAGAGAGUGGAUGGUUGGCAGCAACGACAUGCAUCCCAGCCAGUUCGCACCCAAGCAACAAGCGACAACUCCAUCGCGCGAUACACCGCAGGUCUCACACGAGCUCCCACAAGCCAUGUCGCGCCUAAAUGCCACACUCGACGGCUCUAUGGCAAAGAUGCAGAAAAUCAUCGACGAGACCAAAGCCCAACUUCCCGAGCAACCUCGACUUCCGGACGUACCACAGAUUGCGAACAAGAAAGAUGCAUCACCUCCAUGGGACUGCGGAUGUGAAGACGAGUUGUAUACUCGAGACGGCUGUCAGUGCUACCAAGUCACCACGAGCGCGAUCGCCGAUCUUGAGGCUGGGCUGAAGAGAGGUCUGAAGCGGAAGGAGUUAGAAGAGGGUGGUGAGAUGAUGGAAGUCGACUCGGUGUGUGAUGAGAUGGUUCGAGAAGAUGCGUCGCCGCUAGCUGAUAGCAGGACCGCAAGCUAUAUGCUGCGAAGACAUCCAGAUGACAAGGCAACGUCGAUGGCUGCUAACGCCGAGCCUUUGAUGUUGCAAAGACAACCGGAUGACGUGUCGCAGGGCAACAGAAAGAUCAUGGCUCUACCGGUGAGGAGUGAGCAACAGCUGGCUAAGGCAGGAGGACAGGCAGAAGAGCAAAGCCAAUGGUAG